AUGGUUUCUCGUGCUCCAGAAGCCGGGCCAGAGUCGUCCACCAUCUACUCAAUGGAUAAGAAUGCAGCAGUUGAACAAGGGCUAUUUACAAAUAACCCAGGCGGCGGAAUGGCAAGCGACCAUGAAGAGGGCAAAGACGACGAAACUUUGGUUACUUGGUCCGGCCCGGAUGAUCCUACCAAUCCCUUGAAUUGGGCAAGAAGAAAGAAAUGGGUUUGCACAUGGAUCAUCGCACUCUUUGCUUUUGUUUCACCUAUGUCUUCGACCAUGCUAGCACCAGCUCUAUCAACAAUUGCCAAAGAACUUCACAUUACCAAUUCCAUGGAGCAAGCUCUAGUCAUGUCAAUCUUUCUUCUCGCUUAUGCAAUCGGCCCGUUUCUAUUGGGACCAUUGUCGGAGAUCUACGGGCGCGUGGUUAUCCUCCAGUCGUCGAAUAUUGUAUAUCUGAUUUUCAACACUCUUUGUGGGUUUGCGCAGUCGAAAGAGCAGAUUCUUGCUUUCAGAUUUUUGAACGGAGGUAUGUUGAGUGACUGUUGGCGCAAAGAAGAGCGCGGCAAGGCCAUCGCGAUAUACAGUUUAGCGCCAUUUAUUGGUCCUGUUGUUGGACCCAUCGCUGGUGGUUACAUCGCACAAUAUACCUCCUGGCGAUGGAUAUUCUGGGCCACCUCAAUUUUUGAUGCAGCUAUCCAAAUUGGUUCCUUUAUAUUUCUCAGUGAAACUUAUGCGCCCAAAAUUUUGGCGGUCAAAGCAAAAAGGCUCCGGCGAGAAACAGGGAAUCCUCAUUUGCACACGCAAUGGGAAACUCCCGAUCGAACCCUCGCUCAAAUUCUACGCAAAAAUUUAGUGAGGCCAUUAAUCAUGCUUUCUACGCAACCGGCGAUUCAGGUUCUUGGGCUUUAUAGAGCGUAUCUAUAUGGCCUGAUGUAUCUUGUGUUGGCAACGUUCCCUCUCGUGUGGGAGCAGGCAUACCAUUUUUCUCCCGGAACCGCAAGUUUGCAUUAUAUUGCUCUCGGUGUUGGUUUUAUUAUUGGGCUGCAGAUCUGUGCGCCUCUGAAUGAUAGAACAUAUUGUGCCCUCAAAAAGCGCUACUCUCAUGACGGCCGUCCCGAGUUUCGUAUCCCUCUCAUGGUUCCCGGCGGUCUCCUCGUUCCUGUAGGAAUAUUUAUUUACGGCUGGAGCACUCAUUACCGCACUCACUGGAUCGUCCCAGACAUUGGUUGCGCUAUCUUCGCCAUGGGCCUGAUUAUUGGCUUCCAAUGCGUUCAAUCCUAUGUUGUCGACGCAUAUAGCAUUGGGCUUCUCGCCCUGCCUGCUAGUUGA